UGUGACAAAGCGAAGGAAUUUAUUGACAGUGGAAGUGAUCUGCAAGGAUUCCAGGAGAGAUACAUCAAUGAAUAUAUCGGUAGGGGUGUUUUCACUGAAGUCCCUUUUGAAAAGGGUGACUUCCUCUUGAUUUACAAGGGGGAGGUGAUAAAAACAGCUGAAGCUGAAAUUAGAGAAGAACGUUACAAAGAGGCUGGUUUAGGAAGCUUUAUGUAUUUUUUCAAAUUCGGAAGUGAAACGAUGUGUGUCGAUGCAACACGAGACGAUGGAAGUCUUGGGCGCUUAGUGAAUGAUGGCGUGAACGGGUCGGACAAUUGUUCAAUGAGAAUGGUUGCGAAGGAAGGGAAGCCAUAUUUGGCUUUAUUUGCCAGCAGGAACAUUGGCAUUGGCGAGGAAUUACGAUACGAUUAUGGUGUUACAGAUCUACCAUGGCGAACAUCUGACAAGCCAAAAUUACCGGGACAAAAUGAUCAGCACGGAACCAGAGCCAAAAACAAAAAUCACCAAUCAAGCAGGUCAAAGACCCAAAUGCCCCGAACGCCAACUGGCCAACACGUCAACACUGUAACAAAUUCUAGUCGAGAAAGGGAGUCAGAACACAGUCUUGAAAACAAUUCACAGAACUCAUACAAUGGCAAAGAUUCAUCAAAUGUGCUCGAGAAAAAUGACAAUAUUGCACAGAGUUCUGGAGAGGUUAUCAUCAAUGAGCAGGUGGAGAAAAUAGAGAAUACUAAAGGUUCCGCUGCAUCUGAAUCAGUUUGCCUGCUGAUCAACAAUGAGACACAUGAAAUCUGUGAUGUUGUGAAGGAGAGUAAUGAACAGCCUUCAUCAUGUUCAGAUGGUCAUGAACCACCUGUGUCUGUGCACGAGCUGAGUUGCGAUGAUUUGGAGAUAAAUGAAAUUGAGGCGUUGAAUGUUCAUACUGAAGCCUCGGCGAUAUCUGCAGAACAGCAGCUAACUGAUAUCAUCCUUGAUGCUGAAGUGGGGGCGAUCAUGACUCAGCCAUCCAAUGGGUCAGCCGAACCGCAUCCUAUUUGUUUGGUCAUCAACACUACCGAAUUGUCUGAUAUUCCAAGUGCUGAAGCCCAGAUUCCCAAUGAUGUGCGCCCUGGAAAAGAUCUUGAUGGCAGUGAAUAUGAGAUGUUAGACACCAACACUCCCAGGGAUAUCACCCAAGUUGAUAAGACAUUAUUGCUUGCUGAAGAAGAGAUCGAUAUAAGAGAAAAUCCAAAAGGUUCAUCGACCCCUGUUCUAACACGGCAAAAUAGAAUCCAAGUCGACAAGAUCCAAAGCCAUCCAGAACCAAUCAUCCCACUGCUGCCCAAUGAGUUCAGAGGCAAUUCUGUAAUUCAGCCAGAUAGUGCUCAAAUUGGAGAAGAUACUGAGAAUACACAAGAACCUAGACCUAAAGAAUAUGCUGAACUCCUGCCAAUAUCUCCAACGAUUUUCAUGGAUCAAAGGUUGCCAAUAUCUCCAACGAUUUUCAUGGAUCAAAGGUUGCAUUCAGACAAUUUGUCACUAAAUCUCUCAGAAUCGGAGUAUGGGAUGAUGAAGUUCGAGAACGAACAAGACACGGACGAAAACAAUCACUCACCAAAUGAAAGCUCCCAAGAUAGUAGCUCCCAGGAGAAUGAGACAUGUGAAAACACAGAAGAAGUUAGAUCCAAACCCUAUUCAGAGUCUGGUGAAUUAGAGAAGAGAAACGAACAAGAAGGAUUAGACAAUCAAGACAUAUUUCGGUGUGGAGAUUGUAAGCUGAGUUUCUUCAAAAUAGACGACUUCCUUCAACAUAAGAAGUCAGAGCUUCAGUGUAAAAAGCAAAAUAGUGUCGAAAGGAGGAAUGGGCCGGAGCCACCAGCAAAUGAGAAAGAGAAGGCCUCAACGAGUGAAACAGCUUGUAGCAGUGCAUCAGCAGGAAAGAAGAAAACAACGAAGAUGAAGACCAAAUCAACAGAGUCGAAAUACCCAUCAGUUACAGUACCUGUGUACCAGAGAAAGAGUGAUGGUGCAAGAACCUACGAUCGACGCCACUCGUGUUAUUUCUGUGGGGCCUUAGACAGUAAAGUGUCCCGCCAUUGGGGAAAGGCUCACAAAGACGAAAUGGAGGUGGCCAAAAUUCAGGCAAUUUCGGACAAAGCCCAUAAGGAUAAAGAAAAAGAACGUUUGCGGCACAUGGGAGACUUUAGCCAUAAUAUCAAGGUUCUCCAGAAAGGAGAAGGUAGUCUCAUUGUGUCCCGCCGACCAUCUGUAGCCAGAAACGCAGAGGAGUACUUGCCAUGCAUUUAUUGUUUGGCAUUCUUGCAUCAAGAUGAGUUUUGGAGGCAUGUAAAAACCUGCAUAUUUAAUGAUCGAGGGAAAAAUAGCGAUGCAUCAGCUGAAGAUAACGACUGUUUGCUUGAAAGUGAAGCUGAGGAGGAAAAUCAUACGGAUAAAACAACUUCAGAAACGAACAGAAGCCAUUCCAUGAAGGUUCAGUGCCGGAUUUUCCUGGAAGGUGCUACACGGGCUAAUGAGCCACUUUUCAGCCAGGAUAUUGUAACCUUGAGGGAGGCGGUAAUCAGUAGGAUGCGCCAUGGUCCUAUAAAGUCAGCUGUCGAGAAAGAUUUCAUGAUAUUGAAAUUUGGGUCGAUACUUCUCAACAGAUUAGGAAGAAACAAACAUUAUAUCAUAUCCCAAAGAAUGCGACAACUAGCACGCUUCUUGAUUGCAUUUCGUGAUAGUGUAAAGAAAAACAUUUCACUGACUGAAAUAAUUGAUGGAUGUUAUUUUGAUGAUGCAGUCAAUGUAACAAAAGAACUGUGUAGUGUAAGUGAGGAUACCACAAUGAGUGGGGUCCCUUUACUUGGAACCCCUUCACUCGGUCUACAUCUCGGACACUCUCUUAAACGGUGUGGCCUUAUAAAAAGAGGCAUGGGUCUCAGAAAAAAAGAUCGGGACAUAGAUGAGCAAUCACGAACAUUCCUAAAACUAUUCAAUGCAGAAUGGACCCAGUCUAUUUCAACCCAGGCUUUGCAAAGCUUAAAGGAGCGCCGGUAUAAUGCAACAGAAAUACUUCCAUUAACUAGCGACUUGUUGUCGUUUAAGAACUAUCUGCAACAGCAGUUGGCGACCAGUGUGCAGGACCUUCAAGACCAUCAAUCAUCCUGUUCAUGGAGAAGGUUGUCAGAAGUGUUGUUCUGCCUCGUUACAUUAUUCAAUAAGCGCAGGGGAGGAGAAGUGGCCAAGAUGAAUUUGUCUUGCUUCGUAGAUAGACCGAAGUGGAAUGCACUGGCCAACGAAGAGAUUGUCAACUCUCUAUCACCUCUCGAGGUACAGCUGAUGAAGAGUCUGGACAUGGUACAGCUUCCUGGGAAACGGAACAGAAGGGUCCCACUCCUACUUAAACUAGAGUGGGUAACAGCAAUGGACCUGCUUGUUCGAAACAGGGAGACCUGCAACGUCGUCAACAAUGUAUAUUUUUUCGGACAGCCAUGCAAGACAAAUCAUCUUGCACCAUGGAAGGUUCUCAACCAAACUGCUGUCGCUGCAGGUUGUCUAAGACCAGAGCUGAUAUCCACAACACGAUUACGAAAAUACACUGCGACAGUAACCCAGAUCCUUGGUCUUACACCUGGUGAAGUCGAAUGGCUUAGCAACCAUAUGGGUCACACAGUGGAUAUUCACAAGGAAGCCUACAGGUUGCACGAAUCAACUAUAGAAAUGGCUAAAGUGUCCAAACUGUUACUUGCCAUUGACCAGGGAGUGGUUGGAAACUUCAGCGGAAAGUCAUUGGACGAAAUUGAUAUAGACAAUAUUCCAAGGACUGCUUUUGAUGAAGAAGAUGAUGUUGAUUGGGAUGAGGAUGAUGGUGAAUGCAGUGAACAUGCCAGUGAUUCCAAUGGUAUGGUUAAGAAGACAAAGAACAAACGACGAAAGCGAAAGAACAGUGACGGUGAAGAGGGUGUUGAUGGUCCACAUGCUGAUGAUUCAGUGGCUAAAGGAAGACCAAAAAAGCGGAAGUUGAAAAAGAAGUUGACAGGAAUACAAGGAAAACCGAGAAAAUCCAAUAAAUUGCUGCCUGAUGAUUCACCCGACCGUUCUCCGGAUUCUCUUCCAAGACGAACAGCUCGAAAGGGAAAAAAGAUUAGAAAUAUAGAACCGAACUCUGAUGAACAUAAUGAUUCAACCAUGGAUUCAAAUUAUAAAGCAAGCAGUAGCAGCUCAUCAUCUGAAUGUGAUUCAGGAAAUGAUAGUAUGGAGAUGCCUAGAAAAAAAGGUAAAGCAACUGUCAGAGGAAAGACGCAGAGGGUAAGAUGGACAAAGGAAGAACUGACUGCAUUAGAACUGGGAUUCAAGAGACACCUCUUGAAUAAACGAAUCCCUCGCCAGAAUGAUAUUUCGAGGGUAGUUGGUAAUUUUCCAGUCCUGCGCAGCAGAACUGAUGCUCAGAUAAAAAGUCGAGUUCAGCAUAUGAUCAAAUCGGAUAGCAAUGCACGAAACGCCUUGUUGAAAAAGUCAAAGGAAAAAAUGGGAAAUAUCUAAAUAAUAUGCAAUGGUCAACCAACCAAAUCACAUUUUCAGAUUGUCCUAAAUCGGUGAAAUUUUCCCCGAAGACCAGGCAUUGCAUUUCCUUGCUUGGAAAGGCCAUCAUAAUUUCUUCUAUUUGCUGUCCACCAAAAUCAUGUCUGCUCAGGUUUGUGAUGAUAAGUGUGGUGUUGGUAUGUAAAUUCACUCAUUUUCUUGCCGCUUACUAGAGUUGCAAGUUAUAGCAUUUACAUGUGAUGGCAAUCCAUCCAUAUACCGUAACUUGUAUUUUAGUUUCAUGUUAAUUUACUUGUCGCUAAUACUAGAGUUGCAAGUUAUAGCAUUUACAUGUGAUGGCAAUCCAUCCAUAUACCGUAACUUGUAUUUUAGUUUCAUGUUAAUUUACUUGUCGCUAAUGCUAGAGUUGCAAGUUAUAGCAUUUACAUGUGAUGGCAAUCCAUCCAUAUACCGUAACUUGUAUUUUAGUUUCAUGUUAAUUUUCUUGUCGCUAAUACUAGAGUUGCAAGUCAUAGCAUUUGACAUGUGAUGGCAAUCCAUCCAUAUACCAUAACUUGUAUUUUAGUUUCAUGUUAAUUUUCUUGUCGCUAAUGCUAGAGUUGCAAGUUAUAGCAUUUACAUGUGAUGGCAAUCCAUCCAUAUACUGUAACUUGUAUUUUAUUUUCAUGUUAAUUUUCUUGUCGCUAAUGCUAGAGUUGCAAGUUAUAGCAUUUGACAUGUGAUGGCAAUCCAUCCAUAUACCGUAACUUGUAUUUUAUUUUCAUGUUAAUUUUCUUGUCGCUAAUGCUAGAGUUGCAAGUUAUAGCAUUUGACAUGUGAUGGCAAUCCAUCCAUAUACCGCAACUUGUAUUUUAUUUUCAUGUUAAUUUUCUUGUCGCUAAUGCUAGAGUUGCAAGUUAUAGCAUUUGACAUGUGAUGGCAAUCCAUCCAUAUACCAUAACUUGUAUUUUAGUUUCAUGUUGAUUUUCUUGUCGCUAAUGCUAGAGUUGCAAGUUAUAGCAUUUGACAUGUGAUGGCAAUCCAUCCAUAUACCGCAACUUGUAUUUUAUUUUCAUGUUAAUUUUCUUGUCGCUAAUGCUAGAGUUGCAAGUUAUAGCAUUUGACAUGUGAUGGCAAUCCAUCCAUAUACCGUAACUUGUAUUUUAGUUGCAUUGGCAAUCAAUCCAAAUCACUUGUUAUUAGAUUAGUCUUUUUGAGAAAGGUGAUAUGCUAGUGCUUCGAGGCAUUCGAUGUAAAUAGUCAUUUGUAAUUUGCAUUUUUUUUCAAAUACCCUCAGACUUGAUUUAUGGUGAACCAACUAAUAUGUUCAAAAAGAUUCCGCUAAACUCAGAAAGUAAGGUUCAUCAAAUGUAUAUUAAAGUUACUGGUAAUGUUGAGGGGAAGGGGGGGGGGGGGGCUGGGUGUUGUUUUGAAAGAUAUGCAUAGAUUUAAAGGUUUUCCUUGUGGUGUCUUUUUAGCAACUACCGUGAUUGUUAACCCGGCAGGGCAAUUGUUCUGUUUCUGGCAAGUGUAAUCCUUUUUUUUUUCAACAUAUUUUCUUGUUGGGAAAGUGAUGACCUCAUAGAAAUGCUGUGGUCCCCUUUGCCAGAAAUGUAUACAAAUUGAAUGUACUGGUAAAUUCUGUCAUUGCAAUAUGUGUACUUCGGACAUAUUGUUUUGGUGGUUGAUGUUGCAGGAAUUUUUGGGUCAGCCGAGUGAAGGACAGCAAGUCAGCAAUUUUGUUUAUGAGGACAUCAAUACUGCGGUAGCAAAAAUUGUGGGGGGGGGAUUUUCAGGGUUCAAUACCCAUAAUUCAUCGUAAUGGACAAAUGGCACCCUAUCUCUUAAUGAUACACACUCAAGGGCAAGUUGCCGACAAUUUUGUGCAAAUAUUUCAGCCUAUGUUACAGCUACAACAACCUGGGUUCAGGGUUACAAAUUCAUGGACCGGAACUUUCUGAAUAUCCCAUUGUAUGCAUUUAAUGUCACAAGAGAUUGCUCUUUUGAUGAAUACAGUGGAUGAUUGUACUUACCAUCGAUUUAAUUAUGUUAUUUUGUGCAAAAAAACUUGGAUCAGUUUACUUUCAUCUUCAGUAGCCCAAUUAACAACUUGCAAAACAGGGCUCGUUGACUUGUCUGACUGAUGUUAUUCUUUACGUACCGUGAAUUGCACUUGUCAUUGUGAUCACAAGCAUAUUUCCUGGCUCUGGGGGCGGGAAUGUGGGAUCAUUUAGAAUUUUAAAGAGAAAAACAAAAAGGUUCCAGACAAAUGGGAGAUAUGCUUGUGUUCAGCUUUGGUGACAAUGGUGAUGUUACCAUUGAGCCCCCCAUCAUAGCUCACAAGAUUUUAGUGACUACUGAUAAUGCAGUUCGAAUGUUAACAAAUAGAAAAUGUUCUUAUUUCAACUUCGAACAGUUUGAUAAAAAGGCAUUUCAGUGUCUAAUAUCAUGCCUGAAUGUAGGCGCAAAAGUUCCGCUUUAUGAUAAUUUACUAUAUCUCACUGUAGAGAUCAUAUGUUAUCUUCAGUUAGAAGAGUCGAUAGUUAGUGACUUGAUACCUAUAAUUCCAAAUGGACAAAUGGCACCCUAUCUCAAAGUGAUGCAUACUCUCCUUUGCGCUAACUAUUGUGACACAGUCGAAAAUAUUUUCAGAAAGUGCAGGUUGCCUACUUUUUUGUGCAAAUGUGUAAGUCCAAGUUACCGCAAAUUUAAACAAAAUUACAGAAACGCCUAAAGGCACCAUGAAUGGUUUGUCACCAAAUGCCAGAUUCGGUGCAGGUGCAAAACAUGCUCCCAAUAUCAAUCGGAGAGAUUGCGUCAGAUGUUUAAAAACGACGAGAAUGCGUAUUCUAAUCCGUAUUAUGGCCCUUUUGAAAGAUCACCAUUGCAAAAUCUUCCAAUCUAAAUUCUAUGUGCAAGACACUGUAAAACAAGUCCCAGUUAUUUUUGGCAAAUAACUUAGCAGACACUUCAAAAACAAGUGAUUUUUUGAUGGGCCCCAGUCUAAAAAAUUAACUGCUCUCAUGGUAUGCAUUUGACUCGAGGUUGAAUUUUUGAAUUUUUGAAUUUUUGUUGAGGAGACAAUAAUUUUGUAUCGAUUUGAUAAUGUUUUUUUGGUACAAAGGGGUGGGGUUAAAAAUUUUCUUUCACGUCUUGAAAUAGGUUGCCAGGCUACUCAAGAUGCAGCAAGAUGAUAUAAUUAAUCAUAUGCGUGCACUAUAUCACACGUUGUACUAUUUUUUGUAUGUUUUUAUGUUUUUUCUUGAGAUAUUUCUUAUUCAUUUUCAAAAGUAAAUUACCCUGCAGUUUUACGAGCCUUGCCUUGAAAAGGAGUUGCCUAGUGAGCUAACCGAAAUUAUCCGUACACGUGUCAUGUUACUUUACAAUACCUCAUUGACUUCUUCUUCUUCGUGCUUACCCGGAGAGGAAAUAAUGACGCAAAAGAAACAGACAAAAGAUUAGUUCAUUUUGAGAUGCGCAAGGCCCGCAAAAAGAUUCCGCUAAACUCAGAAAGUAAGGUUCAUCAAAUGUAUAUUAAAGUUACUGGGUAAUGUUGAGGGGAAGGGGGGGGGGGCUGGGUGUUGUUUUGAAAGAUAUGCAUAGAUUUAAAGGUUUUCCUUGUGGUGUCUUUUUAGCAACUACCGUGAUUGUUAACCCGGCAGGGCAAUUGUUCUGUUUCUGGCAAGUGUAAUCCUUUUUUUUUUCAACAUAUUUUCUUGUUGGGAAAGUGAUGACCUCAUAGAAAUGCUGUGGUCCCCUUUGCCAGAAAUGUAUACAAAUUGAAUGUACUGGUAAAUUCUGUCAUUGCAAUAUGUGUACUUCGGACAUAUUGUUUUGGUGGUUGAUGUUGCAGGAAUUUUUGGGUCAGCCGAGUGAAGGACAGCAAGUCAGCAAUUUUGUUUAUGAGGACAUCAAUACUGCGGUAGCAAAAAUUGUGGGGGGGGGAUUUUCAGGGUUCAAUACCCAUAAUUCAUCGUAAUGGACAAAUGGCACCCUAUCUCUUAAUGAUACACACUCAAGGGCAAGUUGCCGACAAUUUUGUGCAAAUAUUUCAGCCUAUGUUACAGCUACAACAACCUGGGUUCAGGGUUACAAAUUCAUGGACCGGAACUUUCUGAAUAUCCCAUUGUAUGCAUUUAAUGUCACAAGAGAUUGCUCUUUUGAUGAAUACAGUGGAUGAUUGUACUUACCAUCGAUUUAAUUAUGUUAUUUUGUGCAAAAAAACUUGGAUCAGUUUACUUUCAUCUUCAGUAGCCCAAUUAACAACUUGCAAAACAGGGCUCGUUGACUUGUCUGACUGAUGUUAUUCUUUACGUACCGUGAAUUGCACUUGUCAUUGUGAUCACAAGCAUAUUUCCUGGCUCUGGGGGCGGGAAUGUGGGAUCAUUUAGAAUUUUAAAGAGAAAAACAAAAAGGUUCCAGACAAAUGGGAGAUAUGCUUGUGUUCAGCUUUGGUGACAAUGGUGAUGUUACCAUUGAGCCCCCCAUCAUAGCUCACAAGAUUUUAGUGACUACUGAUAAUGCAGUUCGAAUGUUAACAAAUAGAAAAUGUUCUUAUUUCAACUUCGAACAGUUUGAUAAAAAGGCAUUUCAGUGUCUAAUAUCAUGCCUGAAUGUAGGCGCAAAAGUUCCGCUUUAUGAUAAUUUACUAUAUCUCACUGUAGAGAUCAUAUGUUAUCUUCAGUUAGAAGAGUCGAUAGUUAGUGACUUGAUACCUAUAAUUCCAAAUGGACAAAUGGCACCCUAUCUCAAAGUGAUGCAUACUCUCCUUUGCGCUAACUAUUGUGACACAGUCGAAAAUAUUUUCAGAAAGUGCAGGUUGCCUACUUUUUUGUGCAAAUGUGUAAGUCCAAGUUACCGCAAAUUUAAACAAAAUUACAGAAACGCCUAAAGGCACCAUGAAUGGUUUGUCACCAAAUGCCAGAUUCGGUGCAGGUGCAAAACAUGCUCCCAAUAUCAAUCGGAGAGAUUGCGUCAGAUGUUUAAAAACGACGAGAAUGCGUAUUCUAAUCCGUAUUAUGGCCCUUUUGAAAGAUCACCAUUGCAAAAUCUUCCAAUCUAAAUUCUAUGUGCAAGACACUGUAAAACAAGUCCCAGUUAUUUUUGGCAAAUAACUUAGCAGACACUUCAAAAACAAGUGAUUUUUUGAUGGGCCCCAGUCUAAAAAAUUAACUGCUCUCAUGGUAUGCAUUUGACUCGAGGUUGAAUUUUUGAAUUUUUGAAUUUUUGUUGAGGAGACAAUAAUUUUGUAUCGAUUUGAUAAUGUUUUUUUGGUACAAAGGGGUGGGGUUAAAAAUUUUCUUUCACGUCUUGAAAUAGGUUGCCAGGCUACUCAAGAUGCAGCAAGAUGAUAUAAUUAAUCAUAUGCGUGCACUAUAUCACACGUUGUACUAUUUUUUGUAUGUUUUUAUGUUUUUUCUUGAGAUAUUUCUUAUUCAUUUUCAAAAGUAAAUUACCCUGCAGUUUUACGAGCCUUGCCUUGAAAAGGAGUUGCCUAGUGAGCUAACCGAAAUUAUCCGUACACGUGUCAUGUUACUUUACAAUACCUCAUUGACUUCUUCUUCUUCGUGCUUACCCGGAGAGGAAAUAAUGACGCAAAAGAAACAGACAAAAGAUUAGUUCAUUUUGAGAUGCGCAAGGCCCGCAAAAAGAUUCCGCUAAACUCAGAAAGUAAGGUUCAUCAAAUGUAUAUUAAAGUUACUGGUAAUGUUGAGGGGAAGGGGGGGGGGGGCUGGGUGUUGUUUUGAAAGAUAUGCAUAGAUUUAAAGGUUUUCCUUGUGGUGUCUUUUUAGCAACUACCGUGAUUGUUAACCCGGCAGGGCAAUUGUUCUGUUUCUGGCAAGUGUAAUCCUUUUUUUUUUCAACAUAUCUUCUUGUUGGGAAAGUGAUGACCUCAUAGAAAUGCUGUGGUCCCCUUUGCCAGAAAUGUAUACAAAUUGAAUGUACUGGUAAAUUCUGUCAUUGCAAUAUGUGUACUUCGGACAUAUUGUUUUGGUGGUUGAUGUUGCAGGAAUUUUUGGGUCAGCCGAGUGAAGGACAGCAAGUCAGCAAUUUUGUUUAUGAGGACAUCAAUACUGCGGUAGCAAAAAUUGUGGGGGGGGGGAUUUUCAGGGUUCAAUACCCAUAAUUCAUCGUAAUGGACAAAUGGCACCCUAUCUCUUAAUGAUACACACUCAAGGGCAAGUUGCCGACAAUUUUGUGCAAAUAUUUCAGCCUAUGUUACAGCGACAACAACCUGGGUUCAGGGUUACAAAUUCAUGGACCGGAACUUUCUGAAUAUCCCAUUGUAUGCAUUUAAUGUCACAAGAGAUUGCUCUUUUGAUGAAUACAGUGGAUGAUUGUACUUACCAUCGAUUUAAUUAUGUUAUUUUGUGCAAAAAAACUUGGAUCAGUUUACUUUCAUCUUCAGUAGCCCAAUUAACAACUUGCAAAACAGGGCUCGUUGACUUGUCUGACUGAUGUUAUUCUUUACGUACCGUGAAUUGCACUUGUCAUUGUGAUCACAAGCAUAUUUCCUGGCUCUGGGGGCGGGAAUGUGGGAUCAUUUAGAAUUUUAAAGAGAAAAACAAAAAGGUUCCAGACAAAUGGGAGAUAUGCUUGUGUUCAGCUUUGGUGACAAUGGUGAUGUUACCAUUGAGCCCCCCAUCAUAGCUCACAAGAUUUUAGUGACUACUGAUAAUGCAGUUCGAAUGUUAACAAAUAGAAAAUGUUCUUAUUUCAACUUCGAACAGUUUGAUAAAAAGGCAUUUCAGUGUCUAAUAUCAUGCCUGAAUGUAGGCGCAAAAGUUCCGCUUUAUGAUAAUUUACUAUAUCUCACUGUAGAGAUCAUAUGUUAUCUUCAGUUAGAAGAGUCGAUAGUUAGUGACUUGAUACCUAUAAUUCCAAAUGGACAAAUGGCACCCUAUCUCAAAGUGAUGCAUACUCUCCUUUGCGCUAACUAUUGUGACACAGUCGAAAAUAUUUUCAGAAAGUGCAGGUUGCCUACUUUUUUGUGCAAAUGUGUAAGUCUAAGUUACCGCAAAUUUAAACAAAAUUACAGAAACGCCAAAAGGCACCAUGAAUGGUUUGUCACCAAAUGCCAGAUUCGGUGCAGGUGCAAAACAUGCUCCCAAUAUCAAUCGGAGAGAUUGCGUCAGAUGUUUAAAAACGACGAGAAUGCGUAUUCUAAUCCGUAUUAUGGCCCUUUUGAAAGAUCACCAUUGCAAAAUCUUCCAAUCUAAAUUCUAUGUGCAAGACACUGUAAAACAAGUCCCAGUUAUUUUUGGCAAAUAACUUAGCAGACACUUCAAAAACAAGUGAUUUUUUGAUGGGCCCCAGUCUAAAAAAUUAACUGCUCUCAUGGUAUGCAUUUGACUCGAGGUUGAAUUUUUGAAUUUUUGAAUUUUUGUUGAGGAGACAAUAAUUUUGUAUCGAUUUGAUAAUGUUUUUUUGGUACAAAGGGGUGGGGUUAAAAAUUUUCUUUCACGUCUUGAAAUAGGUUGCCAGGCUACUCAAGAUGCAGCAAGAUGAUAUAAUUAAUCAUAUGCGUGCACUAUAUCACACGUUGUACUAUUUUUUGUAUGUUUUCAUGUUUUUUCUUGAGAUAUUUCUUAUUCAUUUUCAAAAGUAAAUUACCCUGCAGUUUUACGAGCCUUGCCUUGAAAAGGAGUUGCCUAGUGAGCUAACCGAAAUUAUCCGUACACUUGUCAUGUUACUUUACAAUACCUCAUUGACUUCUUCUUCUUCUGAGUUCGAAAAUUCAGACACAUGCAAAACAGUCACUCCGUUUUCAGUAACAAGGUCGGCUAUCCACUACAUUUUCAAUGCGAACUGUGCCAAUUUGAUUACGCUUAUAAUCACGGUCUUUAUUAAGGUAUCGGUUUGCCCAGGAAAACUACGUGCUUAGCCGGAGAGGAAAUAAUGACGCAAAAGAAACAGACAAAAGAUUAGUUCAUUUUGAGAUGCGCAAGGCCCGCAUUUUGUUACAAAGGUAAACCAAUACCUCUACCCACGGUGAUAAUGCCUUUGCCAAAACCAACACGGAUUACAACAGAUAUUUUUAGUUUGUAAAAUAUUUGUAAAUGUAAUAAAUGUAAAAAUGUAAUAAAUGUAAUAAAUGUACCAAUUUUUAAUAUUUUGUACGACUCCAUUAUAAGACUUUUGGCCAGGCAUGGCUUCACUUCCUACGCAAUUUUUACAUCAGUCUUAACUCAAACUGUCCGCUCAUCACUCAUUAUGUAAAAGUUGCAUUCGCGAAAUCAGCAAAAUGUCUAAAUUACAUGGUCCGUUAUCAUACUGCCUUUUGUCUUCGUAGGACAGAAUUGGGAACCGAUUGAUUGGCGAAAAUGCCACAAUCUUUGUUGGAAAUGAAUAAAAAUUACCAUAGUGAAAUAUACAA